AUUACUCCCAUGUGCCAAAGCUCUGGCCAAAGGUUUCAAGAAACAGGUCAAUCUAUUAAAUCAUCUUCUAUCCAAACGACGAGUUCCUGGCGAAGGUAGACCUCGAAAACGGCCAACUUAUGUUGUGGAAACUCCUUAUGUUCAAGGGCCUUAUUUAACUUCUGAACUAACAGCCAAGCUGAAUGCUAUUCAGUUAGAACGAUAUCAAAUGAAUGAAUUACUUGAUCAAUGUCCAAUGAAUCGGGAAGAUAUUGAAUUUCGCCUGGAAGAAUUAAAAGAUGAAUUCUCAGAGUUAAUGAAACAAUUAAGAAGACGCAAAUCAAUGGUUGAAUAUGGGAUGCAUAAUAUUGUCAUCAAUGUUGAGGAUAAUGUGGAUGAAGAUGAUGAUGAAGACAUGGAUGGGGAAUUACGACCAGCGAUGAGACGUUUCUCUUUCAAUGUGGCCUCUCGUCGUUCAUCUGUUGCCUCUGCGAUCUCAAUGCCAUCAUCUAGAUUCCAAGUAUCCCCUCCUCAUCUUUCCCGACGUUACGUGUCUUCAUCACCAGAACCAUCUAGUCCAUCGGAACCAUAUAUCAAAGAGGAAACUGUUUGAAA